GAGUGUGAGGGAAGCGGAGUGAGGAGCGGAGGGUCCCGCGGCCGCGGAGGGGAGCGGGCGUCCUUUCUCCCGCCCGGGCCUGGCCGCCUCCGCCUCUUCGGGCCAAGGGGUGGCCUCCUCCCGAGGGGCCGGCAGCCGGGCACAGGCUCGUCCCGGGCUGCCGGCUCCAGCGGGCUGAGGCGCGGAGGAAACGGGGAGGGGGCCGACCUGCGGGAAGAGCCGCCGAACGUCCGCUUGGAGUUUAUGAUCAAGGCAGUCAAUCCGUCCGUCUUGAGGGGCGGGAGGGAAUCAGAUUGACGGAAGAGCCCUUAAAGGGAAACACUCCUCCAAGUUGGCGCCCGGUCGAGUUAAAUAGUGGUUCCUUUUUUUCCGGCAAGGGGGCUUGGCUGCCUCUUUCGCCGCCGGGCUGGAGGGAGCGGGGCGGCGAUGAAUGGUUUCAGCACGGAGGAAGACAGCCGGGAUGGGCCCCCCAGCAGCGGCCCCUUCUACGGACAGAGCUGCUGCCUCUUCGACGACGGGGACCGGUGCCUCCGCCCCGCCGGCAACGCCUCCUUCAGCAAGAGGAUCCAGAAGAGCAUCUCCCAGAAGAAGCUCAAGCUCGACAUCGACAAAAGUGUAAGACAUUUGUAUAUAUGUGAUUUCCACAAGAACUUUAUUCAGAGUGUUCGAAAUAAAAGGAAAAGGAAGACAAGUGAUGAUGGAGGAGACUCUCCAGAGCAUGACAUGGAUGUCCCAGAGGUUGACUUGUUUCAACUUCAGGUAAAUACUCUACGGCGUUACAAAAGGCAUUAUAAGUUGCAGACAAGGCCUGGUCUCAAUAAAGCUCAACUAGCAGAAACUGUGAGCCGCCAUUUCAGGAACAUCCCAGUGAAUGAGAAAGAGACCCUUGCUUAUUUCAUUUACAUGGUAAAGAGUAACAAGAGUCGAUUGGAUCAUAAAUCAGAAAGCAGCAAACUGGAAUAAAAAUUAAAUAAACUCUGGACAUAAGCAAGUGUGAUGUUAAAGGUGCAUUAGAAAUAUUUUUAAGCUGUUAAAAGACUUUUUUUGUAAAUUAAAGUGUACAGUAGAAAGUAAUAUAGAAAACUUUGGUCCACAGCACUAGAGUAUACAAUUCCGGAAGGUAUGUGAUGACUUGUGUGCUUUCAAAUACUAAUAUUUUACUGGGGAAUAGAGUUCACAAAAAAUCAAGAUGUUAAAGACAAAAACUGCAUAGAGGAGUGAAGUAAGCCUUUUAUGAUAUAAGUCGCAAAUGAAAUGAAUUCAGAAUUCUAACAUUGGAUCAUAUUGUGUCCAGAGAAUAUUUAUGGCACAGAUCAGGCAUAGCACUGGAUGUCUGGUACAAAAAAUAUUAAUUUGUAGCUCACUGCUUGUGCACAAUCUGGGAUUACUUGUCUCACGUUUUCAUGGGUGCUAGUCUCUCGGUGGAGCCUUUGUGUCUUUUGGGCAACUGAGAGUUUUCAUAGAGGAAUAAGCCUUGCUUAUCUGCUAAACUCUUCUAGAACCUCUGAUUCAUACAUUAAUGAGUUGCAUUGAUAAAUACCUACGUUCUUCGGAAUAUUUUGUAAUGGUGAGCUUCUACAAUUUUGACAUGCAAUUUGUUGUUUUGCUAGAGUUUGGUAAAUACCUUUUGAUUUGUACUCACCAUGAUACUAAAAAUGGCUUCAUAUAAGUUCCUGUGUGCCUUGAUUCAGAGAUUAAAUACUAGAUUAAAUCUGGUGUUGUGUAGAAGCCAUUUGGUGGUAGGUUCAAUCAGAUUUUGAUGAAAUAUGUACCCAUUAAUCAGACACUUGAUAACAACGGUGUAUUUAAUUUUCUGAGUUACGAGUGCAUAAUAUAGUCUGCUGUGCAUAAUGCAUACAGCACCUCCAUGCUUUUCAGUGCAGAAGAUUUAGCAUUGUGGUCUAAUGAUGGCCUGCCAGUUUGUGGCCUACCAAGUUUGACCUUUUAGGUGGUGCUGCCCAGUUUUUGUAUUCCCAGUUGGACAUGGAUGGUAGGUUUUUGGUCCUUUUUCAAACUGUUAAAAACAGACUAAACUUACUCAGGCCCAUCCUAAAAUAAAACUUUAUUCAAAACAACAGAAUUGUGAUACUAUUUGUAGAUGCUGUUGUAUUUUAUUCACCGUGAAUAUUAAAAUGAAUAGCACCAUUGCAGUCCUUAACUUUGCUUUGAAAAACUGCAGUCUAAGUACCACUGAAAUAAAUAAAAUACAAGCUGUCUGGAGUCAUAUGAGAUGCUGAGAUGCCUGCUCCAAAGAUGAUGUCUCAAAUGUUAUUCUUCAGGAUUAUAUUAUGCUUUGGUGGAAUACUCUGUGGGAAGAUCCCACUUCAGUAAAUACUGUGUGUAUUUUUAAUCUGAGGCUAUACAUUGAAACCUCUUCACUUGUUUUUAUUUCUGACAAACAGUUUGAAAACCUACCAUUUCUCUCAGAGAUGAUUAAUUUUGUAACUGUUUUUUUCUGACAAACAUGUUAAGAAAACAUCGUCUAGUGCAUAUUAUUCCAGUAAAUUGGAUGAUGUGGAUAUUUUCAGGCAGGAUAUGUUCAGCCAGUAUGUCAUAGGCUAUAUACAUUUAAUUGAUCUUAUUUAAAUACCUGUAUGACAUUGUAAUGAGAAAUAAUGCUAGAAUACUUCAGAUUGCUACUUAGCAUUUUAAAAUUUGGCACCUGAUUACACUUCCUUCAUUGAAUGAAUAGAUUGAACUACCCAUAAAUUUAGUUAAUUUAUCUUCACAGGUGAACCAGUGUUAACAAUUUGUGGCUUAUAAGAUUAAUCUUGUUCAACUUGGUACCCAUGGCAAAAUUCCUCAAAGAUGAGCACCUUAUGCCUCAUGUCGAAACCAAAAACAUAAGCUUUAGAGUUUUAGGGCUUAUUUUGGCACAGAACUUCAGAAUUUAAGCAGUUUCCAAAUGAAUGUACAAAAAAAAUAUAUUCACAGUUCGUCUGCAGAAAAAUGCAGAGGCAAGUGCUUUCUCUUAAGUUCAAGACUCUUCUUUCCCAAAAUGAAUGAAUUGGAGAAAAUUUUUAAAAGCAAAUCAAUAUUCCCAAAAUGAAGGGGAUCACAAAUCUCACCAUUAGAUCUGAGGGAUUGUAGGUCAUGUUUUGUGAAUCUUGUUGCCUUUUAUAAACAUCUGUCUAUGCCUUAUAUGCAGCUAAACCAACAAGUCUUGAGCCAAUGUCUUGGUAGCCAGGGUGGCCCAUUCUCAUGGCUUAUUAUGCUAGAAACAGACCCUGUUAACAGCAAUAUCUAUAUUCAGGGAGAAGCCUGUGGUUCUUGAACAUCUUGUUUUGAAUCACCAAAAACACCAUGAUGCAGUUGUGUAAUAUAAUGGCAAACUAUGCUGCAUGCCAUUUAAGGAAACUUUCUAUUCCUUGUGGUUUUAAUAAAACCUUCAUCAGCAUUUUUGAGCUUCAAAGAUAUGAAUCCUCAAGCAAUGACUAAAAUUAGAAUAUAGUAGAACAGAGUCACAUUGACAGAGUUCAUUAAGACAAGCUGGUGGGUCGCAUUUUACCUUUAUUUUUGUCACAUAUAAACUUUACAUGGGGUGUAAGCUGUUCAACAGUGUACCUCAGCCUAAGAGUGACUCUUUCCGCACUUAGGGAUGACCAUAUCUAUAUUGAAUGAAACUUCUCAAACCAAAAGUUAUGUUUGAAACCUUCAAAUCCUUCUAAGAACCCACUUGCGAGAAGAAGGGCCAUAAAUUGUUUUAAUGGGCUUUGCAUCAGAGCCGAAGGUCUUACUGUGGCACAUCUUCUAUAAUGAGUUUGACUUUGUCAAAGAUGGUGGUCCUCAGUGUGUUAGUUGUUGUACAUGUAAUAGUAACAGUAAUAGCACAAGGAUUUUUGUUCAUCCCUUGAAUUGAAUGAAUAAGAGAGUGAAGAGAAGGGAAAGGUGCAAUGACAAUUACAGUAAUGAAAUGACAUGGUUAUGAAGACCCAUCCGGCACCUCCCCCUGUUCACCUUCCAAAUGUGUCUUUGCGAUGUAAAUAUUGCAUAUCAAACCUCUAUAUUAAAUUUCAGACGUUGCAAGGCAUGCCAUAAAUUAAGAUUCAGAAGGGACACGCCUGAUGAUCUUGCAGAACACUAGAGGCAUAACGCUGAAUCUAACAAGGUUUGUGUGUUCUUCCACCUGAUAGAUUUCCCAGUAAAAUAUUUCCUGAUUAGGUGAGCAAAACAUAAAACUAAAAUAACAAAUGGUAAGAACAGUUUUUCAGAUUUUCAAAACAGAUUUAAAAGAGCCAUAAGCAAGAUAGAGCCCAGAAAUCUAGCUGUUGGUGGCUUGUCUAAGAGAGAACUUUAAAAAUAGUAUUUUAAAUGUUAUAAUGAGCAAAUUAGCCCAAUGGGAGAAGGGAAGGAAACCCUUGCACUUUACCUUGUAUUGAUAAAUCAUAAUGUAAAGUAUGUAGAAAUCCUUUGUUGUGGUUAGAUUGUUUGUCUUUGAAGGCGAACCUGUGUUUGGUUCACUGGUAUCACUUCACCCUUAAGAUAAGGGACUGACAAAUCUUCAGAUAAGCAUUUCAGCACUCUCAGAAUUUAGUAAAAGGCCCUUACAGCAGUAAAACAGAGUAUCACCAAAACCGCAUACUUUGUUUUGUUUCUAUAUAUCUACUUUUAAAAAAUGUAAUUAGUAAUACUACAGGGUAAGCUCUGUUCUCCUAUAAAAUUUGCCCAUUCUCAUUUAUUAUCAGUUACUUAAUUGUAAAUGUUUGUGGAGGAGAAGGAGCUUAUGCCUUAAACUCAGAUUUCCAAUGAAAGAUAUUGAAUGAAAUAAUUUGGAAAUAAUUUUCAACAUUUCUUUUCUCAUCCUUCAAGCAUAGACUUAGGGAGCUUUCUUCUUAUGUUGCCUUCACUCUCCUGUCUUGUCUUGUGGCACACUACAAAAAGAUGAACUGAUAUGUUUUGAUACCCAUUUUGAUUUAUAAAAGGCUUCGUGAGGGAAAAAACAAUUUCCUUUUGCCUUUAUUCAGUCUAGUGAGUUUUUAUGUGUUGUACCGAUCUUUAUGCCAAAUGUUUUGGGUAAAACUUGUAUCUUUAAUUGUGAAUUAUAACUAUGUAAACAAAGCAAUCUAGUAAUUUAUAGUGGAACUAUAGAGUUCUUUUCUCUGAGGUGUAUAGUAUAUUCUUCCUUCCACUGUGUGUAACACUUCAAAAACUACUGUUGGAUAAAGAUGUAAUUCCUUGAGAUUCAUUUCUAAUAAAUGAUCCUUUGAGUAACCAGA